AUGGCGGCAUUCCGCCCCCGCUCGCUGUCACCCAAAGUCCCUGAUCGGAUGUCACUGCGAAUGCAUGCUGGCAAUCCUAUGACACCUGUCCACUCUCCACACCAUUCGGUGACAUCUUCUGCUUCCUCCCGAACUCCCGUUCACUUCCUCACCAUCCACGAGUAUCGCAAGCAGCAACACACGCCCACGCUUCUGCGAAAGGGAACACCACCAGGAAAAACUCUCCGGAGAAAGCCUGCAGCGUCUACCUUGAGUAACAUCGAACGCGUGCCUUCUGUAGCUCCUCCAGAGCGUUCAGAAUCUGCCCCAUCACUACGUCCUCUUCACUUUUCGCAAUCAGCUUAUCAGCUCAAGUCAAACGAGCCGCAUUUCGAGCAACUGCCGCUGCUUGAUUGGCCGCUUCGAUCGCAAUCCGCAGUGCCGUUUGCGAAAACAGGUAGCGUAUCGAGCAUUUCAACUACCAAUUCGGUUAGUAAGGUUCGUUACUUCAACUCGAGAAAGAGACUGCCAAAGCCGCUUGUCAACAGAGACCCUGCAUCUCUGCCUCCCCCGCUUGCAAACCUACACUCUGCCCAACCACGGCGCUCGUCUCCACCCGCUGCCUUGAGCUUCUCGUCCGCUGAGCGCACAAACUCAAGGGAAGCCCAAACCACAUCUACACCCUCGACAUUUUCAGUGUCCCGAUUCCCGCAGCCGCCCCGCCAGGUAAACCCGCCGCUAUCUCCAUCCCAUAAUGAAGGAGAGCCCACCCGCAUAAACCCACAGAACUACCCGACGACUGCGCCUGCGACACCGCCUGCAACUCCCGCAACUAUCCAUUAUCGUGGCGCAUCGUUCGACGUGGUAAACCCUCAUGAUUCGCUGUUACUGCACGACAUCGUCACACCCUCACGAGAUUUUGAUUCGAGUGACUAUCUCCCCCUGCGGACCUCUGAAGACGCUUACUCCGAGAUGGCGCCCAAACGAGCUGUGUACGGUGACUUCCGUGCAGCACAUGCAGGUAUUCUGAGACGUCCCGAAGACUCUCCCAGACAGUCCAACGCCGAUCUCCCGCUUCCACCAACACCCGCUGCUGUGAGCGCCAAUUCGUCAUCAUACACUUCCCCACUCUAUAGUCCGGAAUCCGAUAAUGCGCUUCCCCCGUUACCCGCCAGGUCAUCAGCCCGCCUGUCGCGUUUUUCUUUGAAAGAAUUGACUCGCAGUCUCACCAAAAGGCUGGGAAAGACGCCCGUAAAGAUACAAUGUGAGGAGCUGCGGGACAUGCGUGACCAAAACAUCAGCAGGGCGUCAAUAAGUAAGAAUGGAGAGUACCCACGCCCGCUGGACCAAACAUAUGUCACUACGCCAGAGACCUCGUACUUCCCAGUCGGUCCAAUGUCCCCAAUGACACCCGUCAGCCCUGCUUCUCUCCAAAGCUUCCACGCAUUCUCACCCGAGCAGAACGGAAUGGAAAUUGCGCAAAUGGACGAAGAGGAUGAAGUCGAGGUCGAGCCACUCUCGUCCAUGAUACCAGAUGAACCAUCUACCCAGAUCGGGCGGAUAGACGACUCCCAAUUGCCAUAUUCUGUAGAAGGCGGCUUUGCGAAACCCUACUACGACGACCUCGACUCAAUAUACCCGAGCUCAUCCAUCUACACUGGAGAUAACCGGCACAGAUCGCACUACCAGCAGGAUUCCGCAAGCACACGCAAUAGUCAUGGCAAUCAAUUGGCUCGGUAUAGCAAUGCGAACACAAACAAUUUUGUGAAUGGAAACAACCAUGACAGCCUGUACGAUUACAGCAGCUCUAAUAGGGUUGACCGCCAGAUGUUGCACAUGUUUGCCCAAGAGGCAUACCAGCGUUCAGUUGAGGAAGGGGAUCCGAAAGCGGACACAAUCAGUAAACUUAUCGACGAGUACAACCCCAAUGAAACAACAGACACGACUUUGCCUACGCCCCACGAAGAAAACACAGACGUAGGAGGCCAUAACGAAUCGGGUUCACACCCUUUUGUGAACCGUGCAGCCGUCGCUCAUGUCCAUCAGACAAUGGUCGAGCCAGAUGUCCGUCGGUUUGUUACACCCCAUUACGAUAACAUCAUUUCUCCGGUUGAGCGCGUUGUCUCUAGGCGGCCUACUUUUACUCAACACCCCGGCUUACCUCCUCAUAGGGCGGCUCCUCUCGCGCCACCGUUUGAGUAUGAUGAUGCAUUAUUCAUCCCGUCUUAUCCCGGGCAGUCUGGUCUUCUCUCACAAAGCUCCGGCUAUUCGUAUGGCAAUACGCGGGAGCUGUUGCAGAUAUCACCGUCCAAUACCCCAGUCAAACUUGUUGCCACACAUAUCUUGGAGCCGUCCUCGUCCUACUCCCAACCAGAAGUCAAACCGCUUGAGCCUUCGUCUUCAUAUUCGCAAGCUGAGAGUGCGCAAAGCCCAAGCACCCCCAAAGAGGCACUCGAUCAGGCCGAACAAAUUUUUCAAGACACUGUCGACAAGCACCAGAGCAGUAGCAAGAUACCCGCGAUGUGGGCUAGGCGCAACUCAGCGAGCCUCUUGCUAAUCAAGACGUUGACAAAUAGGUCGUCUGGCGCCCCCCAAGACGUUGAGAAUCCUUUCACAGGCGAAGGUGGAGCUACAGCAGAGGAGAAAGCUGACUGGGAGACUGUUGGCGGAGACAGCCCUGGUUCAAAAGCUCGUGAGUCAAUGGACAGCAUUGCGGACUACAGCAGCAGUGAGGGCACUCGUAACAGCCUUGGUCUAACCUCGGAGAGGUCACUUCCUUCCUGGGCUAAUCAGGCCGUUUCUCCGGCUCGAUCAGAUUACUACAACCAUCUAAGUCCGAAACGCACCGAACAACAUCACCAUUUCAGCUCUUCGCCACCGGAAUUGAGGCCUCGCGCUAUCAUUCGUACCGCACCGAAUGUGUCGUCUUCUCCAAUGGCUAUUAGCGCACCCGUUUCGAGAACCACACCUGUGCUUCAUUUGUCUACACACCCCGAAGAUGUUUUGGGACGUGGUGCUGUCGAGCAGCCUUAUGCAUUUGCUCCUUGGGCAGACCGAUACGCCUUUAGCGACAAAGAGACCCAAGAGCUGCUGGCUUCCGGUCCCAAUGAUAAUAUUAUUGUCGACCAGCAGAGUGUCGCACCCAAGCACCAGGCGCGUAGGGAUCAGCGAUCUCAAAGCGACGAUACCGUAGCGACAUCAAGCACUGCAGAUGAGAGUUCCUUUGAAAGCAGCCCUGUAGGCCUCGAACGCGAGAACACGUUUGAGAAGUUUUCAAUUGUCGGCCCAAAAGGCAAUCUCACUGGUACUCCUAGAGGUACAGGCAUGCACGAGGCUGGUAGCAGCAUUGCGGAUACUAGCAGCCCAGGUGUGAAGCUGAGUUCAAGCGUCGGUCGUCAGAGCACCCGUUCAGACUACAACGGGUUCUAUGCAUCGCCGUUCCCCGCUACAGGCAGCGUCACUCGCAUCAGUCAAACUCUGCCACAGAGCACACCAGAGCAUAUUAGAAUAUCGUCUGAGACGUCUUUCUCCCCUACACCAAAGGGUCUAAGCACAACUCAGGAAAAGUCUCCGAAUCCAGGUUCCCGCCAGCAUAUGCGCAGCUCUACCACAUUCCUACGUUCACAGCGUCGCACGAGCCGGUCUGCUGUGCCAGGACAGACGAAGCUCCGGCACAUGUUUCUUGCUCCAGACAUUCGAUCGACUACUUCGACUCAUGGUGCUCAUAUUACACGGGUCAUGAGCGGAAGCGACCGUCCAUCGACUAGUGACACGAGCACUCCGCUACGUCCUUCACACCCAAGCCUCGAUAUACAUUCUCCUCCUGCACGAAGCCUGCUUGUUCAAGAGCAUUCGCCUCAUCUCCUCUGUAUAGAGCGCGAUACCAAUCCUGCUGAUGAGGCACGGCGACGCAAAUUGUCAUGGAUAAUUCUUGGAGCAUUCUGCCUUCUGCCGCCCACCAUCCUUCUCUUUCGCUUCCUAGGAGACAACAUCAUCGCUUCGGUUACAGGAGGUCGCCUUGGCCACGUCACGCCGCAGUCGAAGAGAACAGCACUCAUCGCUGGUAUCGCCGUUAAUGUUGGCCUUGUCACUGUGCUUUUGGUUCCUAUAUUGGUUGCCCAUGCGAUGAAGGCGGUAUGA